AUCACCAACAACAUCCUGGGGGAAGCGCUCACUGAGGAACCCGCCAUGCCAGAACCCCUUCCAGCAACUCACAUCACCAACAACAUCCUGGGGAAGCGCUCACUGAGGAACCCUCCAUGCCAGAACCCCUUCCAACACCUUGCAGCACCAAUGACAUCCUGGGGAAGCGCUCACUGAGGAACCCGCCAUGCCAGAACCCCUUCCAGCAACUCACAUCACCAACAACAUCCUGGGGAAGCGCUCACUGAGGAACCCUCCGUGCCAGAACCCCUUCCAGCACCUUGCAUCACCAAUGACAUCCUGGAGGAAGAGCUCACUGAGGAAACCUCAAUGCCAGAACCCCUUCCAACACCUUGCAUCACCAAUGACCUACUGGGGGAAAAGCUCACUGAGGAACCCUCCGUGCCAGAACCCCUUCCAGUACCUUGCAUCACCAAUGACAUCCUGGAGGAAGAGCUCAUUGUGGAAACCUCAAUGCCAGAACCCCUUCCAGCAUCUCGCAUGACCAAUGAUAUCCUGGGGGAAGAGCUCACUGAGGAACCCUCCAUGCCAUAACCCUUUCCAGCAACUCAGAUCACCAAUGACAUCCUGGGAGAAGAGCUCACUGAGGAACCCUCCAUGCCAGAACCCCUUCCAGCCACUCUCAUGACCAACAAGAUCCUGGGGAAGAGCUCACUGAGGAACCCUCCAUGCCAGAACCCCUUCCAGCACCUCAUAUCACCAAUUACAUUCUGGGGGAAUAGCUCACUGAGGAACCCUCCAUGCCAGAACCUCUUCCAGCACCUCGCAUCACCAACAACAUCCUGGGGGAAGCGCUCACUGAGGAACCCUCCAUGCCAGAACCCCUUCCAGCACCUCGCAUCACCAACGACAUCCUGGAGGAAGAGCUCAUUGAGGAAACCUCAAUGCCAGAACCCCUUCCAACACCUUGCAUCACCAAUGACCUACUGGGGAAAGUGCUCAUUGAGGAUACCUCAGUGCCAGGUCCUUCCAUUCUCACAGACACUCCAAAGGAAGCAGCUUCUGUGUCAGAGCCCUUACUAGAGCCUUCCAUUGCUGAUAAUUAUCUUCAGCAAGAAGUAGAACUCCUCAAAGGCUUACAGCAUGACUAUGUCCAGCAGCAACUGAGGGUUCGCCUCAUUUCCCAACAGUUCCCUCUUUCUCUCUGGGCCAUCAACCUGCAAAUUGGACACAUGCGGACAAGGCUCAUCCGCAGUGAAGUUCGGCUGCAGUGGUGGGAAAGGGAAGCUCCAGUGCCUGUAAUCCAAGCAGCUUCUCAGGAUGUUCCUGCAGGCCCUGCUGCACUUCUCCAGCCCUCUAGGUCUGAUUCAUCAUUGUCCUCUGCCUCCCUUGAGGUUGCCUCCAUCCCACCCUCCACCUCCACCUCUUCCCUCCUCCUGCAUCCCUCUCCACCUCCUCCUCCUUCCCCACCUCCUCUGGAGCCGGACCUCAGCAAUGUGAAAGAAACUCUGCAGAGUUUGGUAGAGAUGCAGCUCCAUCAGCUGCGUGACCGCCAAAGAGACCUCCGCAGCUGCCAGGAAUGCUUACAAAGCUUCAAGGCACUGAGGGGACAAUUGAGGCGGCUAAGGAGCAGACUGGCCAGGGUGGAAGCCACUAUGGGGAUCGUGGUUCCUCCAAGGAAGCUGGACGUUGCUGAGGAAGAAGGGGAAGGCAAAUUAAAAGAGACAACUGUGCUACUAUUUACAUAAGUAGCAAUAAAAUGCUGUGUAUAUAUUUUUAAAAAAUUAAAUAUUUGUUUUAAUAGGAUGUAGAAAUAGAACAGCAAUAAAACUUGCAUAUUUAUUGUUUAAAAAAAAUAAAAUAUUUUAU